AUGUCAAAUUUAUUACCGUCACCGGAAAAAUUAGAACUCGAGGGAGACAGCACGUCAGUAGGCUUGCGAUGGGAGAAAUGGAAAAGGUAUUUAAAGAUUUAUCUCGAAGCAGCCGAUAUACAAUGCCCAAUAAAAAAGAGAGCAACUUUGUUAUUGUUAGGCGGAACCGGGCUUCAGGAUAUAUUUUACAACUUGCCAGAUACCAGUGCAGUGCAGGAGGGAGUAGAUAAUUUUGAAUUAGCCCUAAAACAGCUCGAUAACUAUUUCCUCCCUAAACAAAAUAAAACUUAUGAGAGACAUAUUUUUCGUUCGAUUAAACAAGAAGACGGUGAAAAUUUUGAAAAGUUUCUUUUAAAAUUGAGAGAUCAAGCUAAAAAAUGCAAAUUUGAUAAGCCUGAUGACUACAUUAUCGAUCAAAUAAUAGAAAGAUGUGCAUCGGUAGAGCUCAGGAAAAAGAUUUUAACGAUGGGGGAUGAUGUGACAUUAGACAAGGUAGUUAUAGAAGCAAAAACAUUAGAGGCAGUAAAUCAUCAACUAGAAAGCUAUGAACGGAAAGAAAAGACCAGCGAGAUAAAUUCAGUCACGAGUAAGAGCAACGAUACUUCGAAAUGGGGAAACACUGAAAUGAGAUCAGGAAAUUUUAAGUGUGGAAGAUGCGGAAAAGCAACGCACAAUAUUCAGGACCCAAAAUGUCCAGCCAAAGAAAAAAAAUGUCACGGGUGUGGAAAAGUGGGACACUAUCAAAGAUGCUGUAAAACAAAGUUAAAUAGAUUUAAAAGGAAAAUAGAACACGAGCAAGAAGAAGACAUAAGAAAUAAUAGAAAUAAAAGGCCCCGUAAGGACUCUUCAGUCAAUACUUUAGAAGACAAUGAUUCUCAGUAUAUCUUUAAUGUAAAUGACGAUGCAACCAUAAAGUGUGAUGUAGGUGGCGUCGAGUUUCAUAUGCUGAUCGACUCAGGGUGUAAAUCAAAUUUAAUAACGGAUAAAGCAUGGGAAUAUUUGAAAAUACAUAAAGUUAGUUGUAAAAAUCAAACUAAGAAACCAAAUAAAAUAUUACUAGCCUAUGGCAGUAGUAUACCUUUAGAUGUAAAAGGUUCGUUCGAAACCGAAAUUAAAACGAAUGGAAAAACUGACCCCUGCUCUAUUUAUGUCAUAAAAAACGGAUCCAGGAAUUUGUUAGGAAAGGAUUCAGCGAUACGAUUAGGAGUUUUAAAAGUAGGCGUUAGUAUUAACCACGUUGAUCAGGAACUAAGCAAGCAGUUUCCAAAGUUUAAAGGUAUUUUAGUGGAGAUUCCGAUAAAUAAAUCCAUAAAACCGGUAAUACAGCCCUAUCGUAGAAUACCUAUUCCUAUCGAGGAAAAUAUAAAAAGGAAGAUAAAGGAGUUAUUAGAUGCCGAUAUUAUUGAAGAAGUAGAUGAACCAUCUUUAUGGGUAUCGCCUAUUGUACCAAUAUUAAAAGAUAAUGGAGAUAUACGUCUCUGUGUCGAUAUGAGGCGAGCUAAUACAGCAAUUCUCAGAGAAAAUCACCCAUUGCCUAGUAUGGACCACUUGCUGCCGAAAAUAAGAAAAGCAAAGUAUUUUUCCAAACUAGAUAUAAAAAAUGCUUUCCAUCAAGUUGAGCUGCAUCCUAACUCCAGAUAUUUAACAACUUUUGUAACUUCUAGUGGACUUUACAGAUAUAAAAGACUUAUGUUUGGAGUUUCAUGUGCACCAGAGCUGUUCCAAAAAAUCUUGGAAAAAAUGAUAAUCAAAUGUGAAGGGGUAAUCAAUUUCAUUGACGAUAUUUUAAUAUGGGGCAGCAGUGGAGAAGAACAUGAUUUGCGACUAUCACAAGUAUUGGAUGUUUUAAAUGAAAAUAAUGUCCUGCUCAAUAAAGAUAAAUGCUUAUAUAAAGUGCAAAAGGUCAAAUUUCUAGGACACGAAUUAACACCAGAAGGGGUAACACCUCUACCUAAAUAUAUCAAAAGCAUACAAGAAUUUAGAGUACCAAACACAAUUGAAGAGUUACAAAGUUUUCUUGGAUUAGUAAAUUACAUAAAUAAAUGGAUUCCUAAACUAGCUACAAUUAAUGAACCGUUAAGAGAAUUACUUAGGAUAAAAUUAGGAAAAAAGGCUAACAUAGAAAAAUACUGGACAAAGAAACAGGAUCAUGCGUUUAAGUGUCUCAAAGAGAGAUUAACAAAAAUAGAAACAUUAGGAUAUUAUGACGUCAAAGACAAGACCCAAGUUAUAGCGGAUGCAAGCCCUGUGGGAUUAGGAGCUGUUUUGGUACAAAUUGAUGAAAGGGGCCCCAGAAUCAUUGGCUAUGGAAAUCGGACAUUAACAGAUUGUGAACGGAAAUACAGCCAAACAGAGAAGGAAGCCCUUGCUCUUGUUUGGGCUGUCGAGCAUUUUAACACGUUUCUUUUUGGGAAAGAAUUCGAUUUAAUUACUGACCAUAAGCCAUUGGAAUUCCUAUUUAGUCCCAAGUCAAAGCCGUGUGCUCGCGUUGAAAGAUGGGUUUUGAAAUUACAGGCCUAUAGAUAUAAGAUAAAAUAUAAGCCAGGAAAUACAAACAUUGCAGAUCCACUAUCACGACUAUGCAAAGAAACAAAUGUACAACCUAUACGGGACGACCAUAUAUGUCAAAUAGUACAAUUAGCAAAACCGCAUGCUAUUUCUAUGCGAGAUAUAAUUUUACAAUCUGGAAGUGACUUAGAAAUAACAAACGUAAAAAAUGGUCUCUAUAAAAAUCAGUGGGACGAGUCAGUCAAAACCUUUAAAAUUUUUGAAGAUGAACUUUGUUUUUAUGACAACAUCCUCUUGAGAGGAAAUAAAAUUGUAAUUCCAAAUAAAUUAAGACAACAAGUUUUAGUAGCAGCCCACGAAGGUCACCCUGGAAUCGUGUCUAUGAAGGAACGUUUAAGAGCUAAAGUCUGGUGGCCAAAGAUUGAUAAAGAUGUCGAAAUGCUGGUGAAGAGUUGCAAAGGGUGCACUCUUGUGUGA